AUGGACAGUUAUGCUCUUACAGACUUUGAAAUAAUCACUUUGGUUCUGUGUGGGGUCAUUUUUUUACUCUAUUCUAUAUUAAGAGAACAACCAAGCAAUGUAAGAGUCUACUUUAGAGGGAGACUUGCUUCAAGGUGCUGGACAUUUGAGAGGUUUGUUCCCUCACGUAGUUGGAUAGUUGAUGCAUUUGCAGCAAAUGAAAAAGAACUGUUGCGCGUGGGUGGCAUGGAUGCUUUGGUUUUUCACAGGAUAAUUGUUUUCAGUAACAAAAUUUUUGCCGUAGUUACUGUCUUUGGCGGUAUUCUAGUGUUUCAAGUGAAUUAUUUUGAGCAACUAAAUUGUCAUGACCGUUCUCUGAAAGUAUUUACCAUCGAGAAUGUUAAAGAAGGUUCAAGAUGGCUCUGGACUUAUUGUCUCGGAUUAUACAUUAUAACUUGCUCAGCUUGCAUUCUCCUUUACAUUGAGUAUAAGAACAUUGCCAAGAUGAGGCGAGCACAUCUUACUGGAUCACCAACAAAUCCAAGUCAUUUUACAGUUCUUGUCCGUGCUAUUCCUUGGUCUUCAGAAGAAUCAUACAGUGAUUCUGUGAAAAAAAAUUUCACAAAUUAUUACUUGUCACACCAAAUGGUGUACCAACCGGAAAGAAUUGAGAAAUCGAUGACUCAGGAUGGUGCAUCUGCUUUUGUUUCUUUCAAGACUCGUUAUGCUGCUGCUGCUGCUAGACAUGUUCAUCUAUCUGCAAAUCCUAUGUUAUGGGUGGCAAAAAUGGCUCCAGAACCACAAGAUGUAGAUUGGUCAAACCUUGAUAUACCAUUCAGACAAUUUUGGAUCCGUAAGAUGGGAACACUUGUGGCUACUAUUGCCUUCAUUUUUGUGUUUCUUUAUCCUAUGGCAUUUGUUCAAGUUUUGACUCAGCUAGAUGAGCUUGAAAAAACAUAUCUAGUACAAAAGGCAUUUCCAUUUUUGGGAGAACUUCUAAAGAUGAAAUAUAUGACCCAACUGGUAACAGCUUACCUUCCAAGUCUAAUUUUGAAUUUAGCUCUAUAUGCCGUUCCACCAACUAUGAUGCUAUUUUCAAGACUAGAGGGGUCUAUUUCUCUUAGUGGGAGGCAAAUGAACGCAUGCUGCAAAGUCUUGUACUUCACAAUUUGGAAUGUCUUUUUUGUCAGUGUUUUUGUAAGGUUCGCUAUUGGUUACUAUAUCAACCAAUGGAGUGCUUCUUCUAAUGUGAAAGACAUAGUUGCAGAACUUGCCAUAGCAGUUCCGAGACAGGUUGGUUUCUUCACAACCUUUGUUUUAAUGUAUGGUUGGAUAAGUUUGGCAUGUGAAGCGAUACAAAUCUCUGCACUUUUUCGCAACCUGGGUAAAAGAUUCAUACAAGGAAUCAGGGAUGAUUCCUCUAAUGAAACCUUGUCUUUCCGGUACCAUAAAGAAGUCCCACGACUCCUCUUGUUCGGAUUCCUUGGAUUCAUAUGUUCUAUCUUGGCACCCUCAAUAUUGGCCUUUGUGUGGGCUUACUUUAUGCUUGCUUACUUUGUGUAUCGAAAUCAGAUAGUCAACGUAUAUACUUCAAAACAUGAUACUGGAGGACAGUUUUGGCCUAUUGUUCACAACACAACAAUCUUUUCAUUGAUAAUAACACAAAUAACCACUCUUGGGGCUUUCGGAAUUAAACGAUCACUAGUGGCUUCAGGUUUCACCAUUCCGUUGAUUAUCUGCACUCUUAUAUUCAAUGAGUAUUGUAGGCGGCGAUUUCUCCCAAUAUUUAAGAACAAUGAUGCACAGAUUCUUAAUGAGAUGGAUCGGAAAGAUGAGCAGAGUGGAAAAGUGGAACAGAUUCAUCAACUUUUGAUAUCGGCUUAUCAUAAAAAAUAAUGCAUUCUAAGCAACUUUGUUAUGAUUUCAUUACGAAGUUAUAUAGUUGUGAUGCUGACAGAUGAUGAUAAGAGGUUUGUAGCUGAAGGGAGAAGCGAUUCAGGAUGAAGUCAUUAUCAGCAUGAGAGGCUUUAUCUGCAUAUGUUAUUCCAGACUUCAUCAAAUAAAAGUACUUCUUACUUUUUAGGAAGGCUAGCAGAAUUAGUAGGAGAUUAUUUUUAAAUGUCCCUAUGAGUUUGUU